AGAUGUGUGCGGACGUGACACAUGACAGCUGCGAUAUUGGACAUAUAAUGUCGCUUAUUAAUGAUAACUACGUUCUCCAAUGUGAAAUCAAAGGUUGUCAGCUCUUACUCUCAAACGAAUUUUGCUCUUUUGAAACCAAAAUGCUUUCGCUGUAUGGUGAGAGGGUUAUUCACAAACCGGGUUGUUUCCAUACCAACUGGAGGAACAAUGGUUAAGUAUUUCUGCUGUGCAAGUUUGCUGAAAAGCUCUUGGGACCAAGUUUGCCUUGCUUUCUGGCAACGGUAUCCAAACCCCUACAGUAACCAUGUACUGACUGAGGAUAUCAUUUUCCGAGAGGUGACUCCCAGCAACUGUCUAAUUUCCAGACGUCUAUUGACCAAAACGAGCCGCGCUCCACGCUGGAUGGAGCGCUAUCUUCCGAAGCACAUGGCUAGCUGUGCGUACAUCGUGGAGGACUCCAUUGUGGACCCUGAAAAAAGAACGAUGACCACGCUUACGUGGAACAUCAGCCAUGCUCGUCUCAUGUCUGUGGAAGAGCGGUGCGAGUACCGAAUUAACCCUGAGAAUGGCAGCUGGACUGAGAUCAAUAGGGAAGCUUGGAUCUCUUCCAAUGUUUUUGGACUCUCGAGGGCUGUUCAGGAAUUUGGCCUUUCAAGGUUCAAGAAGAGUGUUACCAAGACUAUGAAGGGUUUUGAAUAUGUGCUGGCCAAAAUGCAAGGAGAAACGCCAUCAAGGAGUUUGGCAGAAGCAGCGACGGAGCGUGCGCGAGAAACAGCACUAGCAGCUAAGGAGAAAGCCAAAGAUUUAGCCUCUCAGGCUCAGAAGAAGCAAUACGUGUGAAGAUUCCUUUGCCUCACAUUUCGGGGACACUUUUAUCUUUAAAACCUUCCCAGUGCAUCAGUUCAUUGCACGGAGACCAGCAUUUCCGAAUGCCUCUGAGAUGCGGUGGGUGGCCCAUAUGAAGGCCUGGAUUGAGCUUCUUCCCAGACCACGUGUACUUGAAUCAGUCAUCCGGGUCAUGCUCCUCUUCACAUCAGCUCACAGGUGCUGUAAUUUCAUCAACUGUUCCUGUUGCCUUCAUGCAACUUCCAUGCCUAUCAUGAUUCUUUAUAGACUGUUUUGCUAUGGUUAAUAUUUCAGAACUCAAUGAUUAUUGCAAAUUCAUCAGGGUCAGAUUUUUACCUCAUUUAAGUUCUUUUUGUUUGACUGAAUUAACUGAACAACACUUUUUCCUCCUGCCAAGAAUGGUUUGCAAUAUGAGUUGAAGUAUUGUUGACAUAAAAUUGACUACUCAGAAAAAUUAAUAAAAGCAAAAAUACAGUCAA